CGUGACAGGCGGCGCGGACGACCGGUGGCCGGCUCCGGUGGCGGCGGAUCGGCUGAGGUUCCGGUGGCGCGGAGGGACACCCAGAGCCUCGGGCCAUGCAGUGCGAGCAGUGCACCGGUGUGCGCGAGUGCACGCCCCGCGGCCGGGAGCGGCUCGAGCAGGCGCGUGAGCUGUGCGAGGCGCGUGACGAGGAGCCGGAGAUGCGUGAGGCGUGCGGCGUGUUCGGCGUGGUGGCGGCGCCGCCGUGGCCCACGCAGCUCCAGGUGGCGCAGACCGUCUACAUGGGCCUGGUGGCGAUCCAGCACCGCGGCCAGGAGAGCGCCGGCAUCGUCACCGGCGACGGCACGGACGCCGAAUUCCGCCAGGAGCGCGGCAUGGGUCUGGUCUCGAGCGUGUUCACGGCCGAGCGGCUGGCGCGCCUGCCGGGCAGCCUGGGGCUCGGCCACACGCGCUACAGCACCGCCGGCAGCUCAGACUCGCAGCACUGUCAGCCGUUCAUCGUGCACUCGAAGCAUGGCCUGGUGGCGCUCGCGCACAACGGCGAGCUCAUCAACGCCGGCCGGCUGCGGCGCGAGGUGCUGGAGCGCGGCGUCGGCCUGUCCACCACCUCCGACUCGGAGCUCAUCAUGCAGCUGCUGUCGCUGGCGCCGCCGUGCGGUGAGCCGAACGGCGCCGACUGGCCGGCGCGGAUCCGCCAUCUGAUCCGACGCACGCCUACCAGCUACGCCAUCGCCGUGCUGUACAAGGACCGGCUGCUGGCGGCGCGCGACCCGUACGGCAACCGACCGCUGUGCGUGGGCGAGCUGCGCGAGGUGGGCGCCGCCGGCGGGCCGCCGCUCGGCUAUGUGGUCUCGUCCGAGUCGUGCGCGUUCCAGUCGUGCGGCGCGCGCUGGACGCGUGACGUGCUGCCUGGCGAGAUCGUCGAGCUGACGGCGGCCGGCGUGCGCAGCAUCGACGUCGUGCCGCGCCGCGACGGGGACCCGCCCGCCUUCUGCAUCUUCGAGUACGUGUACUUCUCGCGGCCCGACAGCUGGUUCGAGGGCCAGAUGGUGUACUCGGUGCGCGAGCGGUGCGGCGCGCAGCUGGCGCGUGAGUGCCCGGCGCCCGCCGACCUCGUCUCCACUGUGCCGGAGUCGGCCACGCCGGCGGCACUCGGCUUCGCGCGCCAGUCGGGCGUGCCGUACGUGGAGGUGUUCUGCAAGAACCGCUACGUGGGACGCACGUUCAUCCAGCCGGACCAGCGGACGCGCGCACUCGGCGUCAGCAAGAAGUUCGGCGUGCUGCGCGCCAACGUGGAGGGCAAGCGCGUCGUGAUCGUCGACGACUCGAUCGUGCGCGGCACGACGGUGCGGCCGAUCGUGAAGCUGCUGAAGGAGAACGGCGCCACCGAGGUGCAUAUUCGCGUCGCUUCGCCGCCUAUCCGACACCCCUGCUACAUGGGCAUCAACAUCCCGACUCGGGGAGAGCUGUUCGCUAACCGGCACGCGGCCGAGGAGCGCGCGCGUGCCGCCGGUGCCGACAGCCUCCAGUACCUGUCCGUCGAGGGGCUGAAGGCGGCCGUGCGCGCCGGGCUAGCCGACCCCGCCAGCUCGGGCCAGUGUGUCGCCUGCCUGACUGGGCAGUACCCGGUGGAGCUGGAGUGGUGACCAGCAGGCGCCCGCGUUUGGUUGGAGUGUUGAUCAGCUGGUGCUCGGCACAGCUUAAGUAGUGACCAGCUGACGCUCGGUACAGUUGGAGUGUUGACCAGCUGGUGUUCGGCAAAGCUACAGUGGUAAACAGCUGGCGCUCGGUAGAGUUGGAAUGUUGACCAGCUGGUACUCGGCAGAGCUAGAGUGGUGACCAGCAGGCGCCCUGUAGAGUUGGAAUGUUGAUUUGCUGGUACUCGGCAGGGCUGGAUUGGUGAUCAGCUAGCGCCCGGUAGAGUUGCAGUGUUGACCAGCUGGUGUUCGGCAGAGCUAAAGUAGUGGCCAGCUGGCGCUCGGUAGAGUUGGAAUGUUGACCAGCUGGUACUCGGCAGAACUAGAGUGGUGACCAGCAGACGCCCUGUAGAGUUGGAGUGUUGAUUUGCUGGUACUCGGCAGAGCUGGAGUGGUGACCAGCAGGCGCCCUGUAGAGUUGGAGUGUUGACCAGCUGGUGUUCGGCAGUGCUGGAGCGGUGACUGUCCUUGCCCUGCCAGGUCACCAGCUGGGGAUCGUCCGGUACCUGACCAAGUUGUGGCGGUGAUUGGCUGAUGUCCGACGGGACUGGGUGGGGAUCUGUCGGUACUCGGUGGAGUUGGAGCGUACAUAACUGACGACUUCAAACCUACAAUACCGCAUUGACGUUCCAUCAGUGCCGUUUAAAGACGCCGUCAUAGAUAGCGCAUGUGGCCGAUGUACCGCCGGGAGAGCUGAUGUGUGAACCGACUCCUGCCGUCUCCAUAUUGGUGCCACCCUGUCACCGAUUGGUCAAUGGCCGAUCACUUGCAGCAAAUAAUCACAUGAUAUGUCAUGAUACUGUCGGGCUGGGAUGCAAUGUAUAUUUGAAGAAUAACGUCGCAGUUCCGACUUGUAGAUACAGCAUUGAUCGAUGUUAUUCGCUGCCUAUGCUUGCCUAUUUUACGUCGAAUGUUGCAAUACAUUUUUCUCGUCAUGAUAACUGCGCGUGCGUCUGAGGGGAGAGGGACAGCUGCACAGGUGGUUGACCGCUAGCUAUA